CGACAAUGACAGUUUAAUAGUUUAAUUGUCAGUGUUCGUUGUUUAUGUUUAUUAAACGUUUUCGCAGAAUAUAUAGAAAAACAAAUUAAAUAAAACAUUGUCAAUGGGUGUAACGAUCUUAUCACAAUUUUUCCUGGACAACAAAACAGGUCCUCAAACAAUAGAAGUCCUGUCUAAGAGGAUAGCAGCUUUGGGAGCAGUCCAACAGGGGCAUUUCUUAGUAGAUUGUGAAACUUACACGUCUGUGCCUCAAUUAGGGCACCAAAGGACCGUUCACGUGUUGCAUAAUUCGGAACAGCCUGCUACAGUGUUUUCAUUGCUAGAUAAUGGAACUAAAAUAACAUCUUUAGCUACAGAUGGUUUAUUCGAUUUGCUUAUGAUGAAAAUGUCUCAUUUUUAUACCUCUAAGAAGCAAACCAAGGUUGAAUCCAAAGGACUUAGGUAUGAAAUAGGCGAUUUUUGUGUGAAACUUGGUACAGUGACUGUUAGUAGUAAUUGUAAAGGAAUAUUGGUAGAAGUGGAAUAUCGACCCUGUGUUGUACCCGCUAUGUGUUGGGACUUGAUGAAAGAGUUUUUACAAGGAUUCCUGGGAACAGCUGCGCCCACAAAUCCGCCUGCUUACUUGCAGAACAAAAUGCAGGACAUUUAUUUUCCUAUUGAUACUAUUCAUCAGUAUUUAGACCAUUUUACUAUGCUUAGGAAAAAGCUGUUUAUUUCAUAAAAUUAAG